UUCAUCCCAUGGUCCAAAAAUAUGAAGCAUUUUAAUAAAAAAAAAAAAAAAAGUAACACGCACGUGACGCACAGCAGCAGGAAGCAUUACAGUGAAGAAGAAGAAGAAGAACCACCGCACCGCACCGCACCGCACCGCAGAAACCGACGCCAGUCAUCCCCACCAGUUGGCACCAUCGUCGCGCAGCCACCAAGCCCAUCAUCUCCACCGUCCUAAUUCAUCUCCGCCACCAGAGGCCAUCUGAGAAUGGGUCUUCUUAGCAUCAUUCGGAAAAUCAAAAGGAAAGAAAAGGAAAUGCGAAUUCUUAUGGUUGGAUUGGAUAAUUCUGGCAAAACCACUAUCGUUUUGAAGAUUAAUGGCGAGGACACUAGUGUCAUCAGUCCCACCCUUGGCUUCAACAUCAAAACCAUCUCCUACCAAACUUACACUCUGAAUAUAUGGGAUGUUGGGGGCCAGAAAACAAUACGAUCUUACUGGAGGAACUACUUUGAGCAAACAGAUGGUUUGGUUUGGGUAGUUGACAGUUCCGAUCUCAGAAGGUUGGAUGACUGCAAAAUGGAGCUAGAUAACCUUCUAAAGGAAGAGAGGCUAUCAGGAUCAUCCUUACUGAUACUAGCAAAUAAACAGGACAUUAGAGGCGCACUUACACCUGAUGAGAUAGCUAAGGUGCUGAACUUGGAAGCUAUGGAUAAAUCUCGGCACUGGAAUAUAGUUGGCUGUAGUGCAUACACUGGUGAGGGUCUUCUUGAGGGAUUUGAUUGGUUGGUCCAAGACAUAGCCUCUAGAAUCUACAUGCUUGACUAAUGAUUCUUAUGCCAGUAGUCAUGAAAUGGUUCAACUUAGAAAAGCAUCAUUAACCUAAUAUGCUGUCACUGAAGGACACUGUCUGCUGCAUCAAUGAGAUGUUCUGGAUAGGAUUCUUAUCUCUCUUUUUUCCUUUUAAGUUCAAGCUUGUAGUCUUGUAAGGGAUCGAAAUUUGUAUGAGGGAUUUAAAUUGUUUGCGCAAGAUCAUGUGUUCAAAUUCAUUGUCAUCACACUCUCCCAAAAAGAAAACCAAGUUUGAUAUAUUUUCCGUGCAGAUGAAGUUGAGAAAUAGGAAAAGAAAAAGCUCCCAUCUGCGGAUAUAAUCGUGUAUUAUGAGAAAAAAAGAGUCUUCUUUGGGCACCA